AUGGGUACAAAGCGCUCCUGGGAAGGUCAGACUGUGGUGAACAUGUCCGCCUCCGAAUCCACGAAUCCCACGCUCGCCAUUUUUGGCAAUUUCCGCGACGAGCUGGACGAGCACCACGAUCGCCGCGAGCGCAUUAUCAAGGCUAGUCGCGAUAUCACUGCGCUCAGCAAGAAAAUUAUCUUCGCUUUACAACGAGUCCGAGCAAUCAAACAGCCGAUUCCUCAAAACAUCAUCAAAGAGAACGAUGCCCGUGUCGAACAAAUUUACAAACAUUUUGCCUCAGUCACAGCCGACCUCGUCGGCAUCAAAUCGUGGCGCUACCAGCGACAAAUCAGCGGCGGGAUUCAAGAGUUCAUCGAGGCCAUCUCGUUCGACCACUACCUCCGAACCGAGACAUUAAUCACACAUGCUGAGGUCGUGGAGCGUUUACCCGGAAUCCUGGUUACUGAGGAAGAUUAUCUGAUGGGCAUCUUUGAUCUCACGGGUGAAAUGAUGCGGUUCGCCGUGACAGCUUUGAGCUCGGGCAAGGUGACGCCGACGGACGCUGCCAAGGCCGGUGUUCUCGUGGAUCUUCGCGCGAUUCGCGCACGCUGCGAGGCGCUGAGUGUUUCAGGGCGACACCGUGCGUCCAUGUACAAGGACCUGGCGAAGAAGAAGGAGGUCAUGCAAAACAGCGUGGAAAAGGUCGAGCGUGCCGCGUAUGGCAUUCUCGUUCGUGGGAGUGAACGGCCUAGCGGGUGGACUCCAGAUUUGUCGGGACCCGCGAUGGAAGUCGAGACUCAUUGA